AUGGAAAACUUUAUUGGAAAUGUAUGUCCUGGGCUAUUUCUUGUCUUCUAUGGACUGCAUCAGGCAAUAGUGGUCUCCAAAGCUGUGAUAUUCAAUGAUUCUCUCUUGGAUCCUUCAUGCCCUCCCAGGAACAAGGGAAGAUGGGCCAUGCUAUGGAAACUAUCCCAUGGAGGGUUGUUGAAGAUGGUGACCGGCUUCAUCAUGAUAGCUUUUGAGGUCCACUGCAUUAAAGGAGAGUUGACACUGAUGAACAGGGACAUGCCACCGAGGUUCAUGUAUCCCAAAGAGUGGCAGCACCUCACCAUGUUCAUCCUCCUCACCCUCAAUGGCUGUGUAGAUAUCAUGAGCAAGAAUGUGCUGCCUCAGAGGUGUAUGUUCCUGGAGCUAGGUGUCCGGAUCCUGACCUUCUAUGUGCUCCUACUGCUGUUGGUGUCACACACUCAGGGCACAGCAGGGGUGGAGCUGCAGGUCCACUCUCUGCUCAUCUUGGUGGUGUUCCUGAUAACGCUGGUGCUGACGGCAGAGCUGUGGGCUCCUGACAUGUUUCACCUCUGGCUCAUCGAGACCUUUCUGUUUCUGAUGAUGGGCUCCUGGCUGAUGCAGGCAGGCUUUAUUUUGUUCAAACCAGUCUCGAGCUACCCAUGGCAGGAUGAUGACAUGAGUGACAUCAUGUUUGUCACCACCUUCUUUUGCUGGCAUAUUAUGAUCAAUGCUUUAUGCCUUUUAUGGAUUUAUGGUUUCUCUUUCUUUUGGUAUCGUUGUUACAAUCCUAGCUUGAAGCUGACGUGGCUCAAAGAAGCUCCAUAUCACUUCAGCACUCCAGGACCCCACUAUAAGUUGCUACAAGAAGUGGAGCAGUCAGAGAAAGAUGAACAGACUCUCCUCCUUCCAACAAACUCACCCUGA